UACUCUUCUCACCGUGAUUUCCAGUUGCUUACGUUGACCUUGAUAAUCUCUUAGACCAUCGUUUUGUGAGCAACCAAGUCAUAAGUGGACGCAAAGUUUUAAAGUCGAAGAGCCAGACCCAGCAUAUGGAUUCGAUCCUAUAAGUAUCCUCCUUACUUCCAACUCCUAGGUCAUGAAGAACUUCUUUCUUGUCACUAUCAUCUCCAUCUUUGUUGGAAUCUGUUCCAUCUUCCUACUGCGCAUCGACCUCCUUCUACAAGUCACAGACCUCAAUACACUCACAAACCAACUACUCAACUACACCAAAACCAACAUCAUCAACACCUACUUCGCAACUCAACAACCCUCAGAUAUCUCUACAUCAAACCCAACCACAACAAUUAUCACAACCCCAACCGCAAACAUGUCCGUCCCCCGCCUAAUCCGCAAAAUCUUCCUCGCCACCGAACAGGCGGAAGGCGCCGGCGCCCGCGUCCGCCGCUCCAUCGGCACCCCCCAGCUCCGGAACUUCUCCCCCUUCCUCAUGCUCGACCACUUCUCCAUCCGUCCCGGCUCCGGCUUCCCGGACCAUCCUCACCGUGGUCAAGAAACCAUCACCUACCUCUUACAGGGAGGCGUCGACCACGAGGACUUCGCCGGCAACAAGGGCACCAUUGAGGCUGGCGACCUGCAAUUCAUGACGGCCGGAAAGGGGAUCAUGCACGCGGAGAUGCCGCGCCAAAACCCGGAUGGGAGCGCGAACGUGGGACUGCAGCUUUGGGUGGACUUGCCCAAGGAGCUGAAAUCGUGUGAGCCGCGGUAUAGGGAUCUGAAGGCUGAGGAGGUUCCCACGGUGGAGGCUGAUGAGGGGCGGGUGAAGAUCAAGGUGAUCAGUGGCAAAAGUCAUGGGGUGGAUAGUGUCAAGAAUCUGGCGUAUACGCCCGUGUGGAUUUUGGAUGUGGAGGUGAAGCCGGGCGGCAAAGUGGUGCAGGAGGUGCCGGAGGGGUGGAAUGCUUUUGCUUAUACUUUGGAGGGUACCACCAUCUUCGGUUCUGGGAAGGAAGGAGGAGAAAAGAGGACGGUGGAGCAAUACCAUAAUGUGGUGUUUGAACCGCAGGGUGAGGCAGUUUAUGCGGAGGUGGAUGCGGGCGCGGAGAAGAGCGCAAGGUUUGUGCUGGUUGCGGGAACACCGCUCGAUCAGAAGGUGGUGCAGUAUGGCCCGUUUGUGCUGAAUAGUCAGGAGGAGGUGUAUCAGGCUUUUGAGGAUUAUAGGACGCAUUCCAAUGGGUUUGAGAAGGCGCUGGGGUGGCAGAGCGAGAUUGGAAAGUCGAUGAGGCAUUGAGGGGGGAAAACGGGGAGUUGAGAGACCAGUUUGUUUUUCGUUUGUUAUAGAGAUGGGUCUUGAAGAGUAGGGUUAGCUGGGAAGAAUAGGUUAUGAUGCGUUUUCUGACCUUUGUUUGGUCUAGUUGCUGUGAUGCUAUAUCCGAGGUGUUCGACGAGGUUCAUACUCUAAAUGUUAACGACUUCGACGAGGCUCUAAAUGGGAACAUCGAGCUUGGCCACAACAUAGCCACUCGAGACCGGU